UGGGGCCUGGGAGGGUCCUGUCUAGGUUCCGCGGCCGGGUUCUGGCCAGCACGCUACUGGGAAUCCUGGCCUUUCCUGUAUCAGAGGGGGUGGGCCGGGAGCAGCCUUCGGGUCCCCUUCACCCGCUUUCGGGGCCUGGGAGCGGGCCCCGGCGGGGUUGACCACUCCUGAGGACGCAGCUGGGGCAUCGACCAUGGCACUGCUGUCGGCCUUCGGGGGCGCGACCUGGCAUUGCUGCGGUCGCCUCCUCACGCGUCCUUUCUCCCAAGCGGUGGGGCGUGGGGAGCGGCCUGGCGGGGAGGAGCUAAGCCGCCUGCUCCUGGAUGACCUGGCGCCGACUCCGCGGUCGGCCGGGGGGCUGGAGCUUCUGUUUGGCCUGUCCCCGUGUCUCCUGGCUCUGCGGGCCGCCCGCCGCCGCGUGGCCCGGCUCCUGCUCCAGGCCGGUAUGUCCGGGCUGCAGGGGGAGCGGGCCGAGCUGCUGCGCGCGGCUGAGGCGCGGGGCAUCCCGGUUCUGCGGCCCAGACGGCGGAAGCUGGACGUCCUGUGCCGCUACCAGGUCCACCAGGGCGUCUGCAUGGAAGUGAGCCCGCUGCGGCCCCGGCCGUGGGCUGAGGCCGGGGAGGCUCGGCCAGGAGACGACCCCCAGCGGCUGUGGCUCGUCCUCGAGGGGCUACAGGAUCCCCGGAAUCUUGGGGCCGUGCUGCGCUCCGCUCACUUUCUCGGAGUGGAUAAAGUCAUCACCAGCCGGAGAAACAGCUGCCCGCUCAGUCCUGUAGUCAGCAAGGCCAGCGCCGGUGCUAUGGAGGUGAUGGACGUGUUCUCCACUGAUGACCUGGCCGGUUUUUUACAGGCCAAAGCCCGGCAGGGCUGGCUCGUGGCUGGCACGGUGGGCUGCCCGGGGCCUGAGAUCUCCCUGUCUUCUGAGAUCCCCAUCACUAGUUGCUUGGAGUUCCUCUGGGACCGGCCUACUCUUCUAGUGCUGGGGAACGAGGGCUCUGGUCUGUCCCGGGAGGUGCAGGCCUCCUGCCAGCUUCUCCUUAGCAUCCUGCCCGGCCGGCAGCUGCCUCCUGGACUCGAAUCCUUAAAUGUCUCCGUGGCUGCAGGAAUUCUUCUUCACUCCAUUUGCAGCCAGAGGAAGGGUUUCCCGGUGGAGGGGAAGAGAGAGCAACCUCUUCAAGACCCCCAAGAUCCCUCGGCCUCGUCUGAAGUGCCCAGAAUGGCUCAGCACCCAGGACUGUCCUCGGGAUGAGAAAAGGAGAGGCAAGACGGGGGCUGACUUGGACCGUCCGAGGUGUGUGUGUGCUGUGGGGGCACACACAUUCACACGCUUGAAUGUGCCGGGGUCUCUUGCCUUCUUGCCUGAGUGUGUGCGCCCAGGCCCAUGUUUAUAAACUGCUCUCCCAGGGCUGGGAGCUUUGUGGUGGAGACCAGAGGAAGUUCAGUUUCCCCUUUUGGCUUUGGACUUGGAAUUGGAGAUGGCAGCUUGUUAAUUUCCAGGCUGUGCUGGGACAGAGGGUCUCUUUCUUUCCAGGCCCUGCCUGGAAGUCAAGGGGAAGUUCAGACAUCAGAAGGGAAUCAAGCGGCCCAGUCCAGGGGUCCUCUUCCUCUUGGACCAGCGUGAGAAUGUAGAGGGAAGCCCGGGGCUCUCUUGUGGGCCAGACAGGUGCAAAUCCAGGCUCAAACCCUGCCCUCCUGGGGCCUUGCGCACAUGGCUUCAUCUUUUUGUGUCUCGGGGCCCUUGUCUCCACCUCUCUCACGGGGCUGUUGGGAGAAUCCAAUAAAACAUCACCUGGUAUCCAGCAGGCCCUCAACCAGUGAGCCAUUAUAUCUGAUUUCUCCAUUAGGUGGCAGCCUCGCUCUUUGGUCCAUAGUCUUCGGACGCUUUCACAGCCACCUGGGGAGAUUCCUGGCUGUGGCCCUCCCCCUCCCCCCCCCCAGAGGCAGGGGAAUGAUUAGCAAAUACUUCCCACCCUACUGGCCCACCAGUAACCCCCAUGGGUGAGUCAUCAGUCAUUCUGCCUCUGUGGAGGGACCAGAGCCAGAACCUUGGCCUUUGAUUCUGGCAGGUGGUGAGGACCUCGCAGCAUUGCUGUUUAUUGUACAACCCAGACAACUCUGGUACUCCUCCCCCAGGUUCCCACAAGUGGAGCAGAGGCCACUAGGAUAACUUAGAGCAGUGUUGGCUGCACACUGGAACCACCCGGCAAGCUUUAAAAAACAAGUGACACUGGGGACCCACCCCUCCCAGCCUGAUGUAAUUGGUCAGUGUGCAACAUGAACAUCUGAAUUUUUAAAGCUUCCCAGAUGGGUUUCAUGUGCAGCCCAGACUGGGAACCACUAGUUUUCUCAGCCUCAGCAAUACUGACAUUCUGGGCUGGGUAACUGUUGUGAAGGCCUGUCCUGUGCAUUGUAGGACGUUUAGCAGCAUCUCUGGCUUCUGCCCAGAGGCCCAGAUGCUGGUAGCACCCUUCUCCCCCUAGUUGUGACAACCAAAAUUGUCUCCAGAUGCUGCCACGUGUCCCCUGGGGGACAGAAUCGCUCCUAGUUGAGAACCAGUGCUCUGGAGCAUGGAUGUGGAGCACAGCAGCCCUAGGGGCGGAUCCCGAUGCUGUGUGACCUUGGCCAUUUCCUUACCCAUCUGGGCCUCAGCCCCCUUCUCGGUCAAAGGGGGAUAAUCAUACCUUCUUGGGUGGCCGGGAGGAUAUAGAGAGUGAUAGGAACUCAGUGCCUCACGCAUCAUAGGUGCUUGGUAAGUAGUACUGCCCUUUUCUCUGUGGAAUGGAUUUCUCUUGGAAUUCUAAUGGUGAUGCCAGUUUAGAAAGACAUUUGAAUUUGUUUAAAAAAUGCCUAAGAUGGCUUUAAAUUCAAAGUUAUUCCUCUCAAGUAGGAGGAAGAAAUCCCUUCAUAAAUGCCAUAGGUCUCCAUAGCCCGGGUCCCCCCUUGAGCUCUGUCCCUGACUGCCACACAGGCUCUGACCUCUGCUGGCACGUGUCCAUCUUGGGUGUACUGCACCGCCUCCCAUAUCCCUGCUGCACUCUUGACCAAGAGCCUAGUGUGGUUUUUAACUGUGGCUGUGCCUUAGUGUCCUGGGAUCAGGGAGUGGGUGGGUGGGGGCAUCACUUUAAUAGUCCAGGUGCCCAGAGGCACCAGGCUGAUUGGAUCGGCAUCUCUGGGGAAGGUGCCAGGCGCCAGCAUUUCUUAAGAGUUCCCCAGCUGAUGCCAGCGUGCAACCAGUUCGAGAAUCACUGGCUCUCAGACCACCCGCAGGUGUCCAGCUGCUUCCAAAUCAUUCGCACCUAUGCUUUUGAGUUCAUGCCUGAAAGUUUGGGCCAAGCAACCUUUCACCUGUCCCCAGGGUUCUUCAGAAGAUGCUGGAUCCAGCCCUGACUCUGUGGCUUCCUAUCUGGAUGGUGUCUUGGUCUCCUCAUCCGUAAAAUGGGGAUAGUGCCAUCACUACCUUCUCCAGCUACCCCCUCACCAAUAGGGAGGUUGUAAAAAUCAAAAGUAUUCUGUAAACUACAAGGCUGUGCACUCCAGGACUGGCACAUGAUAAUACAAACCUGGAUAUGAGGGUUCAGUUUAUGUGUCAACCUGACUGGGCCAUGGGGUGACCAGAUAUUUGGUCAAACAUUAUUCUCGGUGGUUCUGUGACGGUGUGUUUGGAUGAGAUUAGCAUUUAAUUUGGUAGACUGAGUAAAGCGGAUUGCCCUCCCCAGUGUGAUGGGCCUUAUCCAAUCAGUUGAAGAUCCGAAUAGAACAAAAAGGCUGACCUUUCUGCAAGUAAGAGAAUUCUCCCUGCUUUUUGGAACUGAAACAUGGCCUCUUCCUGGGUCUCGAGCCAGCUGGCCUUCAGAUGGGGACUACAUCAUCAGCUUUCCUGGGUGUCUAGGCCCACCCUGUAGAACUUGGGGCUUGUCAGCGUCUAUAAAUCACAUGACCCAAUUCCUUAUAACAUACAUAGUGUGUAUCUAUAUGUUGAUGUGUAUAUA